AUGUUCCAUCCGGCCCUCGAUGCCUUCUACCUGGGCCUCACUGCGAUCCUGACGAUCGGCUGGCAGAUCCUCGGCUUCCUCAUCGUCUUUUUCAUCCUCAAGUCUGAUGUCCUCACCGAUGCCUGGUCCGCCAUCAAUUUCUUCUUCCUGGCCCUCCUCACGCUCAAUCUGGGCGCAUCGUACGAGGCUCGCAACAUCCUCGCGACCAUCUUUGUCCUCCUCUGGGCCGUCCGACUCGGCUCGUUCCAGCUGCUGCGCAUCUCCAAGAUGGGCGGCGAUGCUCGCUUCGACGACAUGAGGGGCAAGUUCCUCAGCUUUGCCCAGUUCUGGCUCGCUCAGGCUCUUUGGGUGUGGACCGUCAGUCUCCCUGUCACCAUCCUCAACUCGCCCGCCGUGUCGCGCGAUCGGGACGGGUACGGCGGCAUCAAAGUGGGCUUUGGCACUGGUCCAGACAUUGCCGGCAUCGUCCUCUGGGCCAUUGGCUUCUCUUGGGAGGCCCUGGCCGACUUCCAGAAAUUCUGGUUCAAGACGUACCGCAAGCCCCAGCCUCCCAAGGGCGUCAUCUGUGACAUUGGUGUCUGGCGCUUCAGCCGGCGGCCCAACUACUUUGGCGAGAUCCUUCACUGGUGGGGCAUCUGGCUCCUCGCAAUGAGCCCGGCCAUACACGAGGGCACUCGCCAGGGUGUGCCCGCAAGGAUCUCGCAGCGGGGUCACGACGCUCUGCUGGGCAGCCUCGUCUCGCCGCUGCUCACCAUGGUGCUCCUCCUCUUCCUCUCGGGCGUGCCUACAGCCGAGAAGCCGUCGCAGAAAAAGUACUACCUCAUGUCUCACGGUCCCGACGGCGGCAAGACGCUCGAGCCGUUUGGCAAGACGCAGAGGGAGGAGGAUCCGUGGAGGCGCAUGAAGGCCUUCAGAGAUCGCACCUCACUACUCCUGCCCAUGCCCACUCAGUUCUACCGACCGCUGCCGCAGUGGGUCAAGAGCUACAUCCUCCUUGACCUGCCCAUGUUCAGGUUCGACGAGUCGAAAGAUGGCCCCAAAGCCAUCGAGGAGGAGCGCAAGAAGAAGAACCAAGGCGAGGAGGCGGCGUAA